ACGAUCGGUAUCCUUCGAGGCCGGGGUACGCAACAUGAUCUUCAUCACAAGUGGUCCGUGACGGCUGCGGCUUGAGGUGGACAAACAGAAACGACUCGGGUAAUGAUUUCUUAUUCUCGUUGCUGUAUACUCAGGGGCUUGGUUACUUGUCGAAAAUCCCUACUUCGUAACCGCGAGCGGUACUCCUACCUAAACUUUCUUCACUUCUUUUACUACAUUGCCGGACAAUGAAUGGUUAUGCGGUAUCGAGGGCCUCGCUCUCCCAUGAGGAGAAGCUGUCUCUCAUCGACGAUAGAUCUCUCUCAGAUGUAGACAGUGAAAGUGCUCGCGCGGAUCUCGACGGUCGUUUCUCGGGUAUACAAUGGGCUGCCACAGCAAAGACCUACUGCAACGGCCUACGCUUAUCAUCAUGGAGCUCGUCGAUACUUCGAACAGGCAUAUUUCUUUUGCCUAGCUUUGUUCACCACCGGUGUGCUCGCGAGCGGUUUCGAGCAGAGAAGCUUCACCCUACCGCGUACCUCGACGGAAUGCGAGGCCUAGCUGCGUUGUUUGUCUUUUUUUGCCAUUACUUUUACUCUGCCUUCAGGAUAGCAGAAGGCUGGGGCUUUGACGACGCCAACUACGAAAUAUGGCGACUACCGUUCAUCAGGCUCCUCUACAGCGGACCGUCCAUGGUCUGCAUAUUUUUUGUUAUUUCAGGAUACGCCCUUUCAUUAAAACCACUUAAACAAAUCAGAAGUCGUUCUUUCGAUGGUUUCUCACAAACCAUGACCUCAUUCGUCUUCCGUCGCUUCUUUCGUUUGUACCUCCCGCCGAUGAUCUCGACCUUCGGCGUGUUGAUCCUACUUCGCUUCGGCUUCUACGAGAUCACUAGAGGCUAUUCCAGUGAUCGGAAAUACAUACACAAUGUGAUAGAGCAUCAUCCCAUUUUAGAAGAGACUACCCAGAAACAACUACGUCACUGGAUGAAGGAGAUGUACAAUUUCGUUCACAUCUGGGGUUGGGAGAAGUUUGGUGGCGCGACCGGAUACGAUGUCCACCUCUGGACGAUUCCAGUGGAGUUCCGGUGUUCAAUGAUGCUCUUCCUAAUAAUAUUCGGCACAGCUAGAUUACGGACCGGCGUACGAUUUCUCUGCCUCUCCUUCCUUAUGUGGUUUAUGCUUCGUAGCGAUCGAUGGGAAAUGGUUCUAUUCCUCUCGGGGACGGUGAUCGCCGAAUUAGACCUAAUCCGCGGAGCCCACGAUUCGAACACUCAAUCGUCUUCUCCCUUGACGUUACUCCCACUCGAAAAGACACCAGACACUGUCCCUGAAAAACGGGGCCCGUGUAACUACCUAUGGAUUUUACUUUCCAUCCCGGCUCUCUAUCUGAUGUCGGGUCCGGACGCCGGACCCGCUGGCGUACCCGGGUGGAAAUACCUCGGGACGCACAUUCCGGAGUGGUUCUCGGAUAAGUACCGGUACUACCAGAUGAUCGGAUCGAUCGCAUUCGUGUUUUGCGCAGCGCGAUCGAUCUCCUGGCAGCGUUUUUUCAACUCGCCCGUUGUACAAUACUUCGGGCGCAUUAGCUAUGCGCUCUACCUUAUGCACGGCCCUGUCACACACACCAUCGGCUUCAUGAUACAGAAACGCGCCUGGGAUUUCACGAGCACAGACGGUUCCAUGUAUAACUGGGGCUGCGUGCUCGCGGCUACUUUCAACAUCCCGCUCGUCAUCUGGGCUGCGGAUGUCUUCUGGCGCGCUGUAGACGCGCCGACGGUUAGAUUUACAAAGUGGCUUGAGACUAAGCUAUCUAUCGAGUAAGGAGGGUUAUAUGUGACACGUAGGAGUGCCGCGGGUACGGUUUGCUUUAGGUUUAUGUGUAAAUAGGUUAUUGGGCA